CAGGCUUGGGCGGGAUGAUGAACGGUGUUCACAGGGAAGAGGCCGCGGGAGAGUGUGCUUCGUUUCCUUCACGAAUUUUGAACGACAGGCUCGCUCGUUGUCUGCACUACAUUCACAAAAGUCUCCCGAAGCAGAGUAAAAUACGUUUCUCGACGAAGGCGGAAGUUUCCUAAAUCCCUAUUUGUUUUCGGCGGUUUCCCCAGGUGAAGAUGCAGUAGCGCUCCUCCGUCCCCUCAAUUCCUUAUCGAUACCAAACCCUAGCAGAUUCGUGGGAAGUUACGAGAACAAAAGUAAACAAAGUCACACAUAGACACAGCAAAUGAACCGAGCAGUUUUUUGGCUACCUGCGAAUAUGUAGAUAGAUAGAUCGCUGUAUUCGCGGUAUAGGUGGGUCGUAUUCGCUCUACCUUCUUGCCCUCUCUCGCACCCCAUUUUGUUUCUCCUGCACUUUGAGAGGUCAAACACUGGGUAUCAAGCCCGUAAAAGUGUCCGCUUCCUUGGCACUAUGGCAAAGGGUACAUCCAGUUUUGGUAUGUAUCCGUCUGCCUCCGUCCGCGAAUUAUCAAAGCUGGCGGAAGUGGAGCGUUUGCUUGGUCGUCCGAGGCCACGAUCAGCCACUUCUCCUGGACCUAGAAAUGUUCUCUCAAAUCACAGAACACUCUGUGUCUCUCACUGUGUCGGACACAGAGGACUCGGCUGUCCAGCACCAGUUACUGCGCUCUCAGCGAAACAGAGUUUGCUUCUCCUCCUUUUGUGUCUUCUCCCUGUGGUAGUUUUUGCCUCUUUGCUGUCCCACGCACACGUCGACUGCUUCUCAUCGCUCUCUGACGAUGCAUGUAAAAGACCAGCCACAGACACUGUCAAUCGGUACCGUAUGCUUGCUAGGACGCAGCUGAAGAAUGAGAGAAGGGGGAACUUCCAGAAAAACAAGGGAGAGAAACUGCGCUUUUUAGGCGGACAGACGGGUCCGGAGUCGACUGUGGCUCCUUCCAGUUUCAGCCGGAGGCCGGUCUCUCCAGAGCCUGCACAGAAACCUGCUCUUCUAGAAACGAAGUCCAACAGCGGACUCCUGGCAUCCCCACGUCCUUCUUCGCGUUCUUCUUCGAACCCUUCCUCUUCUGCCGCUUCUUCGUUGACUCUUGCCGGUCCUAUGAGUGUGUUGUCGGGAAGUUUGAUGUCUUCUUCCCUCGAUUCGUUGAUCCCCGAAAUCGGAGCGCGAGAGGACGAGCUCCGUCGAGCGCGGCUCGAAGCCCAAGGUUUCAUUCUGACCGAGCCUCCGGUGUCUCGCCAUGAGAAGACGGUAACGUACCCUCCAAAACAUGGCUUCAACCAAGUCUCCACAGCCCUUGCCAUGCGUCACGAACAAACCAAGUUACACGCUGAGCAGGCGGCGACGAGUGACAAUAGGGAGAAGACUCCUGCGCGGAGCGGAGCGGGGACUCCCUUUUCACAAGGAAGGAAGGAAAACAGGAUUGGUGGAGAAAAGAGAAAGCAAAUGCCAGACAGCAACGCAGCCUCGAGACCCAGUGCUCAGCAGUCUCCCGCACCGUGGUUAGAUAGGCCGUUUGUGUCGCUCGCAGCCUCUGCAGCGCAGGCAGCCCUCGCAGCUGCUGCGGCUGCGGUAAGAGGCGAACUGAGUGUAGGUUCUGACUCUUCUUCGUCUCAGAGUCUUCGGAAUAGUGGAGAUGAAAGUGCAGGAGAUCGUUUGGCGCCGAAGAAAAGCGGGUCGAGCCCCGCAAACGCACUGGAAAGUGUCAACGAGAAGCUAGAAGACGUUCUCAGUCACGUGGUAGAGUUUUUCACCGGGGGUGGGACGAGUCGAGGCAGUCCGGGUGCCCACGGAAGCUCAGCUGAGCACACAGUCUUCGUGGGUGAGGGAGCCUCGUCUGAAGCUCGUGACCAGGUUGGAUUCUCAACUGCAGACAAGGAAGAAGGCACGGGUGGAAUGGAGAAACGCAAGGCCAGCUCUUUGGACGAUGAAAACGGACAGACCGAAGUUCAGGUCAUGGGUGAGGCGUCUAUGACCAUGGAGGUGAAGGAUCGGCUGCCCUCUCACACUAAAGGUGGCGGAGCGACGAGUCGGUCUCACGGGAGUGGUCAACAUUCGCUACAUCACAGUUCUUCCGUAAAUAUGGAGGGAAUGGAGGAGUAUGCGUCUGAAACAAACUCACGAGUCGAUGGUGGAAACGAAGAAACUUUGUUGGACGAUGAUGGGGAGGAGCUUUUCCAGCGUGUGCACAGACUCACGAAAACUCCCGAUGUGGCUCCCAGUCGGCAACGAGUGAAGAAUGCCGCCGAUACACACAGCUUUGGAGGAACCCAGACGCCUGCAUCUGUUGACGAAGGCGCCCUUGUCGGGGAGAGAACAUCCGCUGUGGAUCAGGAAAAAGGUGUAGAAGGACAGGAACUAGGGAUGAGGGAAGGCGAGGAAAGAUUUUUGAAUCGGCAGUCUGGAAUACGGCUCCCUCUUGACACAGACACGAGAAUACCAGAGGUCACUCUCUUCCAGGCCGAUGGGAACCCCCGUGAAGGCGUUUUUAGCUGGCAAACCUAUGGAAAACGAAGGAAACUUAAUGGGGUGAGGCGGAACGAGUUGAGGGCAGUAGGCCCUGUUUCGACGGAGGGGGAAAGCGAAAGUGCCUCUCAGGGAGCGGAGACAGGCAGCAGCGAGAAGGAUACCUCUGUCUCUAGUCAGGAGGUUUAUGGUGCUCGGGCGGUAGAGGCAACUGGAGGACAAGAGCAGGUCCACGCUAACUGGUUGGAGCGCCAUCAAAGACAGCGUUCGACAGGAGAGACCAGUGGAGCUACCCCCCCUCCGCGGCAGGAAGCCGAAACAAAGCCUUUCAGAGAACCCCUGUUCCGGGAGUCUGCUACCUGGCAAGUUCCCGACAAAGAAUCUACACCUGACAAUCCUCAGAAACAUGAACACGCCACAAGUGCGCGCCCUAAUAAUGAAAAUUCAAAGGAGGAAGAGACCCGUAGACCACGACCCCGAAAGACCCCAGAAGGAAUCCAACAGGGCAGCGGGCGACGAUUUGAUGCGGUGGUUCUGGAGAACCAAGCGACGGGUCGGGGGGACGAGCUAUCCCUUCAUGCCCCAGACCUUCGUCGCACGGAAGAGGCAAAUCAUCAGGUGGUACCCCACAGAAGAGACGAAGAGGGCGCUUCGCCACCGUUUCAGAAAGCAGAGGGAAUUUCAACCUUUCCCCUAACUGCUGGCUUCGUCGGCUUCCUGACGGAGCCGACCGACGUUAACAUUGAUGAAUGGGAACGAAUGGAGAUCCAAUCGAGUACGAAAUCUCGUCUUCCUGGAGAGACGCCACCCCACGUAGCCCUGCCAUCCUACUCAGCGCAUCUUGCGAACACAAAAGGAACAAGACGGCACGGUUCCUCCGCGCGUACUAGUGGCACUGACAGGUUGUAUCCUCAAUUUGUGGCAGCGGACACGACUCAAGAUUCGAAAGGGAGCGCUGGAAUUCAGGGGCCCGACGUGGGUCUGCGAAUGGAACAAUCGGAACUCCUCACAGAUGGUGAAAACGACGAGCCCGUAGGUCUGUCGGCAUUGGAACGCUCAGGGAUCUCUGAACAAGUGGUCGACGCACAGAAAACGCAGAGCGUGAAACCGUGUGAGACAACGAAGGAAAAGGAACAACAAGUGGAAGAGGAACGCGAAACAGGUCCUGGCUCGGUCGAUGCUCAUGUAGGCGCACAGAUUGGAUCAGCUGCAGCGGCCGCCGCGACGUCCUUCGCAGAAAAACUCCUGGAGCUGGACUGGGAGAAGCUGGCUCUCGAAAACCCGACGGUCAAUAAAGUGGCGCCGCUAUUCAACUAUCUCCUUGGACAGGGAGGGUCUUCCCAAGGGCAUAGAGUCGACCACCAGAGGCACGCCACGGCUGUGACAAACGCUGCUGCGGCGCUGCCUCCUGCAUUAGUGCAACCAGUCGACCUGACAGGGCGCCUAACCUCAGGUCCUCUCUUGUCGGGGCAGCGAGCUCCAAUUGAACAGCCCGGUGUAGAACCGGAUCAGAUGAAACCUAGAGGUUUUAGUUGGAGUCCGGCGACACAACUUUUAGGUGCACGUCAUGGUACCGAAACCGUCGUCCAGGAAAUCAAAGCAGAGCCGUCUGUGAGUGCAGGUAGACUUGACACUCUGGGGCUCGACCGGCCGCACAACGCAGCUUCUGCCACUGCCGUUUUCGGUCCUCUCCCCCCUUCACACCAUUCUACUGCGGGUCAGGGACAAACAGACUCUGUUGCUACACUUCGCUCGCCUCUCGCUGUGGGUUCCAACCUGCAGCCCCUUCGCCGCAUCAUGGGCCUGCGAUCGGACUCGUUGGGACCGAUACUCUCUGUGUCCCAGGCAGAUCCAGCUCGUCCUGAUCUACAGUCUGCGGUUGUGCCGAUUUUUACCAACUCGAAUGUCAGUGGCCAAGGGGUCGACAGGGGCAUGACGUUGGAUGAUGGUGCAGUGUACAAGCUAGUGGCGGUCCCGUCUUGGCCAGGCUCAUUCGCCGGACUGAAUGGCAGAGGCAUACUACAGGCAGCAUCCACACUUCUGAAAGGAGUUUAGAAGGCUACGGGACGAAGAGCAAACUUUGGGGGGAGUAGGGGCACUUCUCACGAACGGGAGUUCCUGACGAGAUCCUUGUUGUUUUACUGUUCAACCACAAGUUAACAGUCUCGGGGCGGGGACAACAGACAUACUAUACAGACAGGUCUACCGUGUGAAGAUUGUGACUAGAGCGUUCCUAGCUCACAAAAGGUGGUAUAUAUUGCUGGAUCGGUACCGCUGAAGCCCAUCUCUGGCCAAUCUCG